UUGUUCUUGAUUUUGCCAAAUUUUCAACUAUGGAAAUUCCUGAGCUUAACCUAAUAAGCAAUUUUGAAGCGGGUGUUAAUUGUUUACAAAACCCAUCUCUUUUUUCUCGUUUUCAAUCAUUUCCAGAAAGUUAUAGUUUUUGGAAAUGGGGAGCACUUAUUCUUGCAUUAUUAGCAAGUUUCAGAUGUAUAAUCUUUAGAAUAAAGUUUUUAAUAAUAGCUAUCUCAAACAAAGUUAAACUCUUUGCUGCUUCUCAACCUCCGAUCCAGCUUUUUGGAGACGAUUUUGAUUCUGACUCCGGCGAUGAUGAUGAUUCCGGUGAUGAUUCUGGUGAGGAUUCAGACGACGACAUCAACUCUUUCUAUCGUGUGCCAUCUGAUGAAGAUUUCUCUGUCUGGGAUCGAUUCUCGUUAUCAGAUUUAGCUUCUAGCAAAGGGGUUGUGAGAUUUUGGGAUAGUUUAGGGUUAGGACUUGAUUUUGAAGAUGAUGAUUUCUCUGAUAAUGUUGUUUCGGUUUGGGAUCUGAAUAAAAUUGAUAAUAGCCGGAAAAGAUUGCAGAUUCCGGCGACGUCGAUGGCGGCGCCGGAUUUGAUUCUUUCGGGUUCUUCAUACGAUAGACGGAUGGGACUGAAUACUUCAUCAAUAUUGGCUGAGUGGUCGCCGGCGAAGGCGACGGUGACGUCGACGGCGGCGCCGUCACUUCGGCGGCGGAGCAAGGUGGGUGGGAUUGGUGAGAAGGAUUCUGCGUUAAAUGUAAGCGAUAUGAGAAACGUUAAGUCGCCGUUAAUGAAAUUGACGGAAUCUGACGGGGAAAAUUGGUGGCGCUGUUAAAUUAAUGUUGACAGUUGACUGGAGGGUAAAAUUGUCAAUUUAAAUAAUUAGGAAAUUCAUUUUACUGUUGUUAAAACAGACAAGGCAAUGUAAAUACUUCUUUAUUAUGUUAUUACUAUUAUUAUAAUCACGUCUUUUACUUUU